AUGGCCAACACCCAAACAUUGAGGGAGCUGGCCGCCCCGGAGCUGACUCACCAGCCCUUAUGCAUCACAUUCCCUGCUUUGGCUGAGAAUACUGCUUUCGAACUGAAAUCAGGGCUGAUUCAACUCUUACCUUCUUUCCAUGGUCUCUCUGGCGAAAAACCCUACAAGCACGUUAAGGAGUUCGAGGUGGUUUGCUCUAGUAGUAUUACCACAUGGGCGCAGCUGAAAAAGAAAUUCUUGGAAAAAUUCUUCCCUGCAUCCCGAGCUGCGAGUUUGAGGAAGGAGAUCUGCGGCAUUAAGCAAUAUCCCGGUGAGUCCUUGUAUGAAUACUGGGAAAGGUUUAACAAGUUGUGCACUAGAUGCCCGCAGCAUCAAAUUAGUGAGCAACUGUUAAUCCAAUACUUCUAUGAAGGACUCCAAUCAACUGAUAGGAGUAUCAUUGAUGCUGCGAGUGGGGGAGCACUUGCAAACAAGACACCGAGGGAAGCGUGGGAGCUCAUCGAAGUCAUGGCAGAGAACUCCCAGCAAUUUGGCUUACGUGAGAGCAACCCUCCCCGUAGAGUCAACGAGGUGGAGACGUCAUCCCUCCAGCAGCAGAUAUCGGAGCUAACAUCCGUUGUUCGACAAUUAAUGGUGGGAAAUAUGCCCCAGCUAAAGGCCUGUGGAAUCUGCACAAAUAUGGGUCACCAUACUGACUCAUGCCCUAUGUUGCAAGAGGAUGGGGCUGAACAAGUGAACAUGGCUGAAGGCGUGCCCGCGCCUCGUAGGCAGUACGAUCCAUACUCUAAUACGUACAAUCCGGGUUGGAGAGAUCACCCCAAUCCCAGCUAUGGUAGUAGGCCACAAAAUGCAUUCUCCAAUCGGCCUCCAGGUUUUCAGCAACCUUGGCAACAUAAGUCUCAACCCUCGUCCUCAAGCUCAGGGAGUUCUUUGGAAGAAAUUGUCAAGAGUUUGGCCACGACUACCACUCAACUCGUCACGACCACCACUCAGUUCCAACAUGACACCAAAGCAGGCAUGAAAGACAUGGAGACUCGCAUGAGUCAAAUGGCAACUGCCAUUAAUCGCCUGGAGUCCCACGUCUAUGGAAAAUUGCCAUCGCAACCUGAGGUAAACCCCAGAAAUGUAAGUGCCAUGACAUUAAGGAGUGGCAAGGAGGUGGAGGGAUCUAAGUUGACGAUUUCAAAAAGCAAAAGUGAGGAGCAGAUAGAAAAGGGAAUUGAAGAGGAAUGGCGCAUUCGCGAAGAGCCUAAGGAAGUUGGCAGCUAG